AUGUUGUCUAUUACAGGUGGGACAAAUGCUGCAAUAUGUGCAUCAGAAUAUAUGCAGGACUUGUGUGAUAUAUUUUGCACACAAUCCAUUUCAACAAAAGUGAGGAUCCAAGCACUCCAAGGACUGUCUUGUAUUUGUUAUAUAAAUCCCAACAAUCAAAGAAAGGCAAAAGAUUUAAAUCUAAUAAACAUUCUUCUUGACCAUCUGGGUGAAGAGCAAGAGCUAACUUCAGAUAAUGCAUCCAUUACAAUCCAAUUUUGGAUCUGCUAUCUGCUGACAGUUCUUUGUUCUACCAACAUCCCCUGUAUCAUAGAAGUUCACAAAAUAGGAGGUGAAAAGCUGGAAAGGAAGCUGAAAUUGCUGUCUCAUAUGGAUUGGUUUGGCUGGCAAGAUAAUUAUGCAGCAGUGCUUUUUUCCCUUUUAGGGCAUCUGUAG